GACGUCAUGUACGUGUUCCGUGACGGCGAAGCGUGCGUAGCGAGGGGCGGGGGCUCGGAGCCGGAGCGGGGUCCGCGCGGGGCCUCCCUGGCGGUGGGAGUCUCCGCGCCGCGCACCAUGUUCCGCUACCAGUCCCUGGAGGACUGUCCUCUGGAUGAAGAUGCCUUUCAGACCCUGGGUGAGGAGGAUGAAGAUAUCGACCAGUUCAAUGAUGACACGUUUGGAGCCGGUGCUAUUGAUGAUGACUGGCAGGAGGCACAUGAACGGCUUGCAGAACUGGAAGACAAGCCUGCGACAGCUAGAGAGCUGGAAGAUGGGGCGGUCAGUGAUGAGAUGGACCUGCUGGGGCACCAUGAGGAGAACCUGGCCGAGAGGCUGAGCAAGCUGGUCAUUGAGAACGAGUUGGAAGAUCCAGCCAUCAUGCAGGCUGUGCAAACCCAGCCUCCAAUGCAGCAGCCAGGAGGCCUCAACUCCAGCAUCUGGGAUGGAUCCGCAGUUCUGAGGCGCAUCCGAGGACCACUUCUCACUCAGGAGAUGCCCUCGGUGUCUGUGCUGGAAUAUGCUAUGCCUCAGAGACCCCCGCAGGGCCAGGAGGAUGAGCGGGACCUCUCGGAGCGGGCACUGCCCAGGCGCUCGUCCUCCCCAGUCAUUGGGAGCCCCCCUGUCAGGGCUGUCCCCAUCGGCACCCCACCAAAGCAGGCUGCCGUGCCCAACUUCAACCAGCAGAUCCUGUGUCCAAAGCCUGUUCACAUCCGGGCCCCGAUGCAACAGCGUUAUCCUUCCCCCUACAGCGAGAGGAUGUCCCCAAACCAGCUCUGCAAUGUCCCGAAUUCUUCCCUCCUGGGCCACCCGUUCCCUCCCAGCGUCACUCCCGUUUUCACCCACCUUCAGAGAGCGCAGCUUCUAGGAGGAGCACAGGCUGGACGAAUGUCUCCUAGCCAGUUUGCUCGUGUCUCUGGACUCGUUGGCAGCCCCCUCACAUCCAUGAACCCCAAGUUGCUUCAAGGCAGAGUUGGGCAGAUGAUGUCUCCAGCCAGUGGGUUCCGUGCCUUUUUUGGGGCGCCACCACCUUCCGCGCCACCCCCAUCCCAGCAGCAGCAGCACCCCCCAUGUCCUGGGUCCCACUUGCAGAACCUAAGGCCUCACCCGCAGAUGUUCAGACCAGAUACAACUCACCUUCACCCGCAGCAUCGGCGGCUCUUACAUCAGAGACAGCAGCAGAACAGGAACCAGCACCGGAGUUUGAAUGGCUCAGCAGGGGACCGAGCUGGCCACCGGAGCAGCCAGCAGGAGCAGCUGCGGAAGGACCCCUAUGCCAAUCUCAUGUUGCAGCGGGAAAAGGACUGGGUAUCAAAGAUCCAGAUGAUGCAGUUGCAAAGCACUGACCCUUACCUGGAUGACUUCUACUAUCAGAAUUACUUCCAGAAGCUGGAGAAAGUGUCAGCGGCAGAGGAGAUGCACGGCGAUGGCCCCAAGAAAGAACGUACUAAACUCAUCACACCCCAGGUGGCCAAGUUAGAGCAUGCCUACAAGCCAGUGCAGUUUGAGGGCUCGCUGGGGAAGCUCACAGUCUCCAGUGUAAAUAACCCCCGGAAAAUGAUUGAUGCGGUGGUGACCUCCCGCAGCGAGGACGACGAGACGAAGGAGAAGCAGGUUCGAGACAAGAGACGUCAGACCCUCGUCACCAUUGAGAAGACGUACAGUCUCCUCCUGGAUGUGGAGGACUACGAGAGGCGCUACCUCCUGAGCCUGGAGGGGGAGCGGCCGGCCCUGAUGGAGGAGAGAAAGCAGAAGAUCUGUGACAUGUAUGACAAUCUGAGGGGGAAAACACCUGGCCAAGAGAGGCCAAGUGAUGACCACUUUGUGCAAAUCAUGUGUAUCCGGAAAGGGAAGCGUAUGGUUGCCCGGAUCCUGCCUUUUCUGUCCAUGGAGCAAGCGGCUGACAUACUCAUGACAACAGCCAGAAAUCUGCCCUUCCUGAUCAAGAAGGAUGCUCAGGAUGAG